AUGUUAUACGGUGAAUCGCCACACUCAACUGCAGCUGCUGCUGCUGUCACUAUCAUCCGUAUUCUGCAAAGGUUUCUCGCCCCAGAAAUGUUGAUGAUCAGCCUCAAUGUGCUAGCAUAUUUUUGGACCAUAUUAGCUACAGCAUUAUCUGGAUACAUAAUACUUAAAUAUGGUUUGAAUACCAAGGAUGUUGCGCAACGAAAUGCGCAAUUCAGAAGUCUACAGAGACACUUCUUGACUCCAUACCUAUCCAUUUUGUUAGCUGAGUCAAUACAGGGCCCAUAUUUAUACGUAUUAUAUUAUGCCUACGGGUUUUUACCUGCGCAGAUAGCUGUGCUUUAUGUAGUUGGUUUGAUAAUGAAUGUGAUAUGUACGAUUUUCACUGUGCAUCUUCUCUCCAAAUAUGGACGAAAAGUUCUCUGCUUAUGCUGUGUGGGCACAGGUUCACUUGCUUGUCUACUAAAGUUUUCUGACAACUAUUUAAUCCUUCUCAUUGGUAGACUUCUUGACGGAUUUUCAGCAGCACUAAUUAUUACACCAUUUCAACAAUGGUAUGGACAUGAACAUGUCCUGUCGUUUGAUUUUCCUAAAGAGUGGAUGGCUUCGUCAGUGGCGGUAUUGUCUACCAGCGCUGGUUUUCUUUCAGUAUUAGCCGGAUUGAUCGCAGAAUUUGCUGAAUCUAUUUCUUCGAUUACGGCAUUUCCUUUCUUCUUUUCCAUCGUCUUUCAGCUUGCAGGAGGCUUAUACAUUAUGAGAAUUUGGCCUGAGAAUAGGUUGGAACCGGAACAUCGCGUGAGUAUGAAACAGCAAUUCACUCGGAGCCUUUCAAUUUUUAAGGUUCAAAAAUUGGUUUUUUCGUUUUCAUUUGAGUUCGAAGUUGAAUUUCUUUUGCAGCGUAAACCCGCAGUUCUAGUUCUUUGCGUCAUUCAUACGUUGUUUGAGUCUACUAUGUUGAUCUUCAUUUUUGUUUGGACACCGUUAUUUAUCCAUACAAGAACAUUGUUUAUUGAGCGACUAAGUUAUGGUGGCAUUUACGCAUCAUUUAUGGCCUUUGCUUUACUGGGAAGCGUUACCUUUCGCCGGUUUCAUAAAUUUAUAUCACCUACUCAAGCUCUGCUGGGUUCUUCAUUCAUCGCGCUGAAUAGUUUGGGUUUAACUGUCAUGAUAAUACCAGCAAAAGUGACUUAUUGGAAUCUGUCUUUAUAUCAACGUCUUUUAAUUCUCUGCUGUUUAUUUGAAUUUGCUGUGGGUGUCUAUUUGCCAGCGAUGAGCAAAUUACAGGCGGAACUGCUUCCUGCAGAGCAUCGUCACGCUCUCCUCGCUUUCUUGAGAAUACCACUCACUUUGAUUUCUUGUUUCGGCAUGCUUUUUCUGCAUUCGCAUUCAACUGAUUGGCAAAUUGUUGUCAUGGGCUGUAUUCUUCUAUCGCUCUGUACUCUAUCGUCUCUCCUACUGCACUUGGCCGUAGGCCGGACGGAUAGAAGCAAAAUAGAUGACCACUUUGUAUUGCAACUAACGACAGAAGUUCCUGAUGAUCUCGAUGAAUCUAGUGAUGUCCCUGAAAGCUUAGUCAUCAACUAA